CCUACUACAAUGAGCGACACACAUUCCAGUGAUUGAAACAAGUUUCGGGCGAGCCUCUCAACGGAUUGAUAGAUCUGUAUCAACGCUGCUCGAUUGUAUAAUUCGGUCAUAAAACAAAGCGUAUCGUAGCGGUCCAUUGAAUCGUCACUAAGUGUGCCUCACUAAUUGCCGUUUAUACUUUUGGGGGUUAGGUUCCGGUGCACAUGAUGGAUCAAGUGUUGGAAUUUAAGAAUUGGUAAAAGUUGCACUUUGGUGGUAUAAAUACUACAGCAAUCGGUUGAGGUUAUCAUUGUCCACUCAUUGUUCAACUUGAUCGCAGGUUUCAAGCAAUCCUUAAAACUCAACCAUGAAGUGCAUCGCAGCUGUUGUCCUGGUGGCCCUUGCCGUCGCCGAAGCUUCCUACAUCCCGUACGCUCACCAGGGAUACGCCGUAGCCCCGGCAGUGACCUACGCCAGCCAUUACGGUGGACCAACCGUCGUCCAGUCCAACGACCCUCACAGCUGGGCCUAUGCAUCGGCCGUCCACAAUGCCUACCAAUCCCCAAUUGUCUCGGCCUACAACAACCACUGGAACGCCCCAGCUGCCGUGACCUACAACUCUGGCCACUACUACGAUAACUACCAUCAUGGACACUCCGCUGCCGUGAUCACUGCCCCAGUUCAGCACUCGGCCACGUACGUCGCCGCCAACCGUGGAGCUGUCCACAAGGCCCCACUCGCCGGACAUGCCGUCAACCAGAAGUCGCUGAACCUGGCCCCGGCUCCGGGAACCUGGUAAAGGGUAUUACAUGUCUUUUAUUUUAUUCUGUAAAAAAAAUGUGAAUAUUAGGAUGAUCUAAAUUAACAUAAA